AUGUCUUCUGAAAAGGCAAAAGGGAAGCGCCCUGCAAUUUCGCCGACGCCAGGGUCUCCUGGGCCAAGCAAAAGGACGGCCCGAGACGAUACAUCGGACGUUGAAAGUAUCGCCACUGCAGACACAGAUACAGCUUCGCUUGGCAGCAAGAACCCCAAAGCUGCACGUCAAACUAAGGAAACCACGUUUGGACCAGUGAAUCUUGGCGGAAAGGGAGGAAAUUGGCUAAAAGCCGAUGGCCAGGAGGCCAUGUUGGCCGCUUAUCUUGGCUUUACAAACACCUCUGAUUUAAGAAAGUUCGCAAUUUCAUGGGUCUGCCUUGCUGCCGAAAGGUACUUUCGGGAGCCGGCUAAAGGAUUGAGGAAGAAUGUGCCGUUUCAGCUCCUGUCCAAACCCGUGAACAAGAACAAAUUUGCAGAUGUUACUACGGCACCAGAAACCGUGUGGUCGCACAAUGAAACAGACGAUGACAGCCGAAAGAGGUCUCAGAAGGCCUGGAUCGUGGCCUGGUGUCUGUACAAGAUGGCAUCCGACGUGGAACUCUACAACUCAAGCACCCCGGAGGAAAAUGAAAAACGAACCAGAUCGGAGCAGAAAAACUUUCUGAAACGGCAUGAAGCAGAAUUCGCGAAGCUGAACCUCACUUUCCCGAGUGAGACAAUGGGAUUCCCAUCUCCCAAUUUCGGUCCAAUCAAGGAUACACCAGAGACCGAAUUGGAGGUUUUCAAUCGCUGCUGGGAAGUGCAGCGAUAUCUCGCUUCUGGGCUUUUUAAGUCCACGUGGAAAAAGCGCUUUGCUAGUCCCAGCGCAAUCAACAAUGGGACGACAGUGAACCAAUCAAACUUUCCUUCAUGGAUGCAAACUCCUAGCGAGAAAGUACAUUCCAGCCUUGAUACUUUUGGUGUGGUGUUUGAGACGGAUAAGCUCCCACCCAUCAGUGUCACACUGCAGUGGGUUCGGGGCCCUGAGGCUCCACGGCACGAGGAAACCGAGAGAGCGAUUCAAAAAGCAGUAUCGGAGGGGAUGCGAAUUCCUGUAACGAGACAAAUCUUACCAUGGGACCCACGGCUUUGUCCUGACAGCUACCAGUUCAGAGAUAAGCUCAGACGUUUUCUGGGCUGCAGAGAUCUGGGGCUGAAUAUCCAGAAUUUGAGACUGAAGUUUCGCAAUACCGCGGAGAAUAUCCAAUAUGACCAAGACGCAUUUAGUGGCUCGUGGGACGAGUUGAGAGCUGAUUUCUCCAACCCAGCACACCAAAACCUUACGCUGUCGGUAACACUGGAACCGUUCAAUACUGGGGACCCUCUGGUGUACUUUUUUGAGGACACACACGCACCUGCCGACAUUCAAGAAUGUGUUUCUCUGUUUGUGUCAAAUACUUGUGAUGGCGAUCUAGCUACACCUAAUGAGGGACCUGCAUUAGGUGGAAGCUCAACUAUUUCGCCAAGUGUUUCGGCUCCUCCAGGAAGUACUGUCGUGCCAGUCAAGUCUUCGGCUCUGGAACAGUCUAUCUUAUUUCAGAACGAUCGGGAAACUGAUCCAGCGGACUAUGCAAAGCCCAAGCAGUUUGACAAUAAAGAAGACCAGCAGAAGUUCUACGACGGUUACAGUGUGCAAGAUCGCAAUGCAGAUGGCCCACAUGGUCGCAUUGCUUGGCAAAACAAACUUAUCGAUCUGAUCCUAGGCGGGAACAGAGGUCUGCCUGUUACCCUCAAUGCACUCCCCGAAGAUAUCGGGGCAUCGGAUGUGGAACAGCGAGCCCUUGGGGACGCAGAGCAACAAGCUCAACCUACCGGUCAAGCCGAGCUCCAACACAAGGGCGAUAGCGAGUAUUACACGUUGCAUGCAGCAUUUUCUGGCUCGGAUAGCCGAGCGGGCCCUUGUCUCGAUGUUUGUCUUGACCUCCUCCUCUGCGAAAAGAAGGGGGAUAAGUACAUUUCUACCUUGCUGGAGAAAUUGACGGACUCGCAUUUUUUCCACUAUCAGAUUACUGGUGCUGUUGGUAUCAUUCUCAAGAUAUUUGGCACGAUUGAUGCUGAGCGACUUUGCCAAUCCACCGCCCUCAAUGCUAGCGACCCACGAGCGCAGAAGGUUCUUUCGGCCGCCAACAAGCUUCGAGACAUUCAGAUUCAUGGUGCUAUGCUCGCUGAUGGAACAGGUUUCGGAAAAACAAAGCAAUGUUUGCUCGCAAAGCUUUUGUACUCUUUGUUGACCAAAGAAAACAAGCCCACUCUUCUCCUUGUCCCCGCCUCUCUAGUGAGCCAGUGGGUGACAGAAAUAGAGGAUCACUGGGUUGGCCUCCGGGCAGUAAUUUCUUACUCCGGGUCAUUCCAGUCGACCAUCGACCAUCUCACGCGGGAUGAAAUGACGAGCUUGGAAUUUCCAGACAACCUAGCAUUUUUGCUAGAUCAGCAGGACUCGAACACAGAAGCAAAAAGGUCUAUCAUUGUUACUUCUUUUGAAACACAUAAAUCUCGAACCUUGAUGCAGCAACGUGAAAUUGCUAGGGAAACCGCCGGUACCGUGCAGCGACUUGAGAAAAUAUUUACCAAGCAUGCUGGGAUUUUCGGCCUGCUAAUUGCAGACGAAGCUCACAAAAUUAAAAACAAGCGCACUGUCAUCUGGGCUUUGUUGAAGCUUCAAGAAUUCCAAGCAAUAAUUCUCGCCACUGCGACGCCCAUGUUUAAUGCCAUUCGGCAGCAGGAUUUGGUUGGACUCGUGGAGCUUCUUGGGGCUAAGGCACGCAAAGAGCUAACCCCCGCCUCAAAAGCGGAGGUUAAGAAGUUGCAUUUGGGCCAACUAGCGCAGAUCAAAUCCCGAUAUGCUCAAUUGGACCAGUACUCUUCCUCAAGACUCGCAAUUCUUGAUCCGAGAAUUCUACGUCGAGUUGUGCGAACACGAAGGUCCGAAAGACAUGCAGCGGUAUCAGAAUACUUCAACUUAGUGCUCAACAUGAUCGCCAUACAACGCUCACAAGCAUCUGAAUUACCUUUGUCUGAUGGGACCUCGGUCACAAUUCGUGAUAACUUCAAGAAAACCUCCUGUAAGACUGUGUUACCAGUCUUCCAAAACGUGGAAAAACUUGAGUAUCAGGUUCAACACAAGUUGCACGCCGAAAAGUACUUGCUGGAGACUAGGAGAUCAACUUACAAUACCGACGCCCCUGAGGUUGCAGGACAGGCCGUUAAAUUCAACACCUCAGACAUGCGGUACAGGACCACUGGAGAGAAAACCGACGUGGCCCAACUGAACAAGUGGCGAGCCCAAGGUUUGACUGCAGAGUGGAUCCACCGUCUUGUUCGACAAAAAGGUGAGCUUUUGUGGCCGGUGCAAAGCGCCAUGAAACUCAUACGUUACCUGACCGAGGGAUCUCCCCGUUUGCGAGCAAUCUUCCAUCUAAUCCAACGCCACGGGGUAUUGGAAGCUGCGGAUCCAGCUCAAUAUGGUCACCAUCAAAAGGCUCUCAUUGUUGAAUGCUGCCCUCUCAAUGCGUGGUAUCUCGAGGUGGUUCUGAACGCUGCAUUGAUUGGCACUCGUGCCAUGCAUGCCAAGUUAAACGAACAGGAGCGGAAGAAACUCGCAUGUGACCUCGUUAUUCUUUCGGCUCCAGGACGAAGUUGGAGCCAGGAGGCUCAGGCGUUUGGGCGUUGCCUACGAAUCAACUCGUUGUACGAUUUGACCGUCAUCCGAAUUGAAGUCCCCGAGUCUCAUGAUCAGUUCCGUAGCUCGAAACAGGCCGAAAAGGCUAGUUUCCAGCUAGCAGUAAAUGCCCGAGAGCCCGCGAUUGAGUCUUUGUUGUUGAAGCUGCUUCAACAGCUUCAAGCUGAAGUGGACUCGUUUUAUGGCGAGGAAAAAGCCAAACAGCUCCUCGAGAAGAAAGCUGCAUUGGACAAAAAAUACGAAGAUGAACUCACAGCCUUCCUCGACAUGACAAGUAAACAGCGAAAGAAAAAAUCAGUGGACAAAAGCACUUUUCGAGUCGCUGAAGUUGUGGACUUGGAGGCCACUCCUGAAACAUCCAGCAUGCCGCUUCCGCGGGCGGAUCGAACGCGAAAGCCGCCGUCGUACUACAGUGACAUUGAGUAUGACAAGGCAGGAAAGCCCAAAGAAGUUGCAUUUCCCUCCCCAAACCCAUCGGCCGAAGGCACUCAGAGUGAUAGAAGCCAAUUAGUGGACGUCGAAGGCGACGAUAUUGAGUCGCAGAAUGACGAGGCAGACUGGGGCGGAGAGGAAGACGAUGACAAUGGCGACGGUGACGGUGACGACGGUGAGGGUGACGAUGACGCGGACCUCUCAGCAGACCUUCGUGGCUUGAAUGCAAGCACCAACAAGCGGGUCGAUUCCGAGGAGUUUGAUCGGCGGAUGAAGUGGAAGUACUUUGCCGAUGCAACUCAGCCCGACGACCAGACUCGCUACGAGAUGGCCCUGCUGACUUUGCCGUCAGGCAAAGUCUGGGGCCCUGAGGAUUUGAGGGACCCGCAGCAUCCUCUGUACUUUGAGGUUGCUUUGCGGCUAUUGUACAAUAAGCUGCGUGGUUCUCGGGGUUUACACCUCAGCGGGUCCAUACAUAUCCCAUAUUCUCAAAUCUCCGAUCAACACUUGAACAAGCUGGGAAAACUCAUUGACGACCUGAUGGAUGAGGAGGUUUCGAGAAGAAAGAUGGAUGCAUUGCCCGGGGAGUCCAUUUUGGACCCCAUCGUUACAUAA